GAACGGACACGAAACAUUGUUAAAAAUUAUUUUAUUCUUUAUAAUUUUUUAAUGAAACAUUUAAGAGCCUAUAUUUAUACGACAUUUUUGUCUUAUUUUUGCUUGUAGAAUAUGUUGGUAAAGUUUGGCCGGAAGAAAACUAGGACACCCUGUAUUUAUAAUGUAUACCGUUAGAUGAAUCAGAAAUAGUCGUUCUAUUGUGGAACAACACGUCACCAGCAGUCACCAGUAGGUGAUAUAUUUAAAACGAUAACGCAGAUAUAAGUGAUUGAUAAACUGAGAAAAAUGAAUUUACCAAAUUAUUAUAUCAUUAUGGAGGCCUAUAAUAUUUAUCGUUUUGUAUAAAUAUUGGAAUUGUUCUAACCUAUUUUAAUAAAAGCUUUUAAUAAAUAUUACACAAUUAUUGUACAAAAUAUUGUAUUUACACAAAAGAGGAUAUGGAGUCAAAUGAAAGGAACCAGUUUUCAAAUGGGAAUGCUGGAAGCAAUAGAGAUAUAGAUUGGUCUAGAUAUGGUUUACAUAAUAAUGUAGAUAUUCACAGGAAUAAUGAAAGGCAAAGAAAUAAUAGAGAGUAUGAAGAACUCGCACCUGAGAUGUAUCAAACUGGAGCAAAUGAAUUGUUUGCUCAGGAAUAUAGUGCUGAUCCAUGGUGGAAAUCAAAUUUCUUUAUUUCUCAACCUGUAUUGUUUGGAACAUGGGAUGGAGUUUUUACGUCUUGUCUUAUUAAUAUUUUUGGAGUUAUUGUGUUCUUACGAUCAGGAUGGAUAGUAGGUCAAGCUGGUGUUCUUAAUGCAAUACUAAUAAUUUUUUGUACAGUGUGCAUCGCGUUAGUGACUGUAUUAUCUGCUGUCGGAAUAUGUGAACGAUGUAGAGUAGAAAGUGGAGGAGUUUAUUUUUUACUAUCACAUGUAUUAGGAUCAAGAUUCGGAGGUUCUAUUGGAUUACUGUAUUGUUUUGGACAGGCGGUGGGCUGUGCUCUAAAUGUUCUAGGUUUUGGAGAAUCUAUGGCUGGUCUUGUGGGUUUAGAAUCUGCAUGGGCAGAACGUGGUUUCGCUUGUGCUGCCGUUAUCUUGUUAUCUAUCAUAAAUGUUGCUGGUGUCAAAUGGGUUAUAAAGCUACAAUUCAUUCUUUUGCUAAUUUUAUUAUUAGCUGGUGUGGACUUCAUGGUUGGAAGUUUUAUUCAUGUGGAUGUUGAGGCUGGCUUUGAGGGAUGGCUGUCGGGAAAUUUAAGAAACAAUACUUUCCCUGCAUAUCAGGAUGGAUAUAGCUGGUUUACAGUGUUUGGUGUAUUCUUUCCAACGGUAACUGGUGUUUUAGCAGGUAUUAAUAUGAGUGGAGACUUAAGACAUCCAUCCACAGAUAUUCCUAAUGGUACAUUGGCAGCAGUAGGGACAGGAACUUUGUUGUAUCUAUGUUUUUUGCUAUUUCUCGCAGCAACAUGUACUCGAAAUGCGCUUCUCACGAAUUUUAUGAUAGCAUCUACUGUAUCAGCGAUUUCAGUACUAUUGUUAGCAGGUCUUUAUGUAUCAUCAUUUAGUAGCUGUUUGGGCGCGAUGUAUGGUACUCCCCGAGUUCUUCAAUCUAUUGCUAGCCAAAACGUUAUUCCGGGAAUGAGCUGCUUACAAAGAGGGAAAGGACCAAACAAAGUUCCAAUAUAUGCUAUGUUAGUUGUUGCUGUCGUUACAUUGACUUUUAUCAUUACUGGUCAAAUUAAUACACUUGCGCCAAUUGUUACAAUGCCUUUUCUUUUAACAUAUGCAUGCUUGGAUUAUGCAUAUUUUGCUCUUGCGCAAACAUUUGACAUACAAUUGAAUCGAGAACAACGAUUUCGCACGCAAUCCCCAACGUUUGAUCGCAAUUAUAGUUCUGCAAGUAGGAAUAAUUCGAUAACAGACACAGAUAAUGAUUUGGACAAUUUAUUUCCUGAAAGAAUAAGACACAAAAAUCUGGUUGUAAGUAUACAUGAAUAUCCGAUUGAUUAUUGUAUUAGGAUAAAAGUUAAAAGUAAUGGUUUCCAUUGUUUGCAGAGAAAUCCCAGUCUUUCUGAAAACAAUGUCUAUAUCGAUUCUUCUCCAAGUAUCGAUGAAAAUGGCAGUAAUGUGGAAAAUUCGGAACGAAAGAUUCAUAUUCAUAAUAAACUAGGCAAUUGGUACAGUCCUUUAUGUAACAGAUGGCUCUCCUUAUUAGGUUGUCUUCUAAAAUUGCUUAUUAUGUUUCUUGUCCAUUGGGGUUACGCUAUUGCCAAUAUCGUAGUCGUUUUUCUGGUUUGGAGUUACGUAGGUCAUGCUAACCCUGCUGUAAAACCAGGAGUUUCGUCAGACUUUAAAUUCUUCAAAUGGUUAAGAAUAUCAUUAUUAAGGCUUAUGGGGAGAAAAAUGUACGAUUACGAACAAAUUAUUGUUACACCUGUACAUCCAGGCGUUGAAACUUCUCCAACUCAGUUAAACGAAGAAAAUGAAGAUUUCGCCGGUAGACGAAGAUACCAUCAAACGGCUACAGUCACAGGGCAAUACGUCAAUGUUGAUUAAAUGCAGGAUGCUGUAGAAUAAUUAGAAUAUUGAAUGGAACAGAGUAACAGAAUAUUUUAUCAAACAAAUUGUCUGAAAAUAAAAUAAGAAGAAAGCGUUUUACUUUGUAACGCUAAUGUCCGCACAAAACUAGUCUAAUCAAAAAUACUUCAUAUUUCAAGCACAAGAAAUUCUUUUUAUAAAACGAAACCCGGUAGCUUUAAGAAGGUAGAAAAUAAACGAUGCUAUGCAUAUAAAUUAUAGAGAAUAGUUUUAUCACAACUUUUUGUAAUAAUUUACUCGACAUGCAUUGAAUGCUGUAGAAAUAAUAUACUGCCAAAAGCAUUUCUAAAA